UUUCUGUGAUUGAGAAAUGUCAUUUCGGUGUCGGCUAGAAACGCUGAAUAAAAUAAUCGAUUCAUUUUCAAGCUAGUUUGUGACUGUAUGUGUUUAAAAAAGUUUACUUAGUUCACAAAUUAUCAUAAAUAUAACAAUUGAACACCAAUGGACGCAGAAAUUUGGGGUUAAGAAACUUCAACAUGGACAACAUGGAUAAUUCAUUAUUAGCAAGAGCUCUGAAUUUUCACGGCCAACAGCUGCAGAAAUUAUGGGAAUCUGAACGAGGUGAAAGUGAUUUGCCCAAAAGAUACGUGAAAGAUUUGAAUUUCCUAGUGUACAGUCAAAGACAGAAGUCUCUCAGCUUUCAAGAUCGUGCAAAACGACUAAAAUUACAACAGUUCAUUGUAAAGAAUGCUGAGUCUUUAUUUGCCAAUGAAAAUGAUGUACUUUAUGGAAAGCCGUGCUCAAAAGAUGAGAUUGUAUCUGAAGAAACAUAUGCAGUAAUGCCACCUUUAGAACUUUACCUUAAUGUGGAUAAACAGAAACGGCUAGAGUAUUUCUUUGAGAAUGUGAAAAUUGGAGAUUUAAUUCUGGGCACUAUAGUCAGCAAAACUCAGGCUGGAAUGAUGUUGAAGGUCCUCUGUACUACUGGUGUGAAUGCAGCAAUCAGUUAUGUGGCUGAUAUUAAUGUCAAAGCUUUCUGUCCUGUGGCUAAUAUCAUACCGGCAGUUGACAAAAAAGGUGUGACUAGAACGUAUAUGAUGAAUGAUUCGGUAUGCUGCGAAGUUCUGGAAGUAAUCCCGGAUUCUGACAAAAUGGUUUGUGGAAUGAAGGGAACCACCAGAGGUCCCAAUGAUCCGGAGCACCAUCCCUGCUUGGGUCUUAUCAACGCCGAAGAUUUUCCUGUUGUUUACAAAAAAGCACUGGAAAACAAGAAUGAGGCUUUUAACAGUGUUAUGGAAAAGUCCAUCGGAUUCAACAACCCGAACAAUAUCUCCUAUUUGGCAGAUCAGAUGAACAUUAACCAACAUAUUUCAUUCAUGAAAGGUUUGAGGGGCAAGUUUCCGGAAAAUGAGUAUUCCAACGAACUGCGACAAAUGCAAGCCAGCAAAUGGGCUUAUAAAAAUGUGGCCGAUGGAAUAGAUCAUUUCAAAGCGGGAAAGCAUAUCGAUGCCUUUCAAUGUUUGAAUAAGGCCCUGAGCAUAGAUCCUAAGAACGUUGAAGGACUAGUCGCCAGAGGAGCUCUUUACGCGAAUAGCGGUAAUUUUCAGAAAGCCAUUGAGGAUUUCGAAUCUGCUCUAAAACUGAACUCGAGCCACGCUAACGCGAGGAAGUACAUGGGCGAAACUUUGGUAGCUCUAGGUAGAAGUUACGAGGAAGAAAAUAAGAUGGAUGAAGCCAGGAAGGCCUAUCAGAGUUGCUUGAGUUUAAUUCCGUUUCACGAAGAGGCUAAAAACUCGUUGGAAUUCUUGAGGACUAAAAAUCAAUCCAAAAAUCUCAUUGAGCCGACGGAUUUACUCUUGCCCAAUCUGUCUGUUGCCGCAAAGUCUACAGAAGUGAAUGACGCAUUGAAGCAGCUUCUCAACAAAGAGGACGAGGAAAAAAAGGAUAAGAAAAAGAAGAAGAAAAGCAAGAAACGCAAGAGUAGGCGUCGUUCUAGUUCAAGUUCCAGUUCGAGUUCUUCAGGUAGCGAUAGUUCUAGCAGCGAUUCUUCCAGCAGUAGUGACUCAAGUUCCAGUUCUGGAGAUUCAGACUUCAAGAAACGUAAGAAGCGUCAUUCCAGAUCUCGAAGGAAAAAGGAAAAUUCCCUGAGUCCUUUGAGCAAGAGGAUGGCUAUGAUGGAUCAGAGUAACGAUACACCAACAAAUUACAAUUUCAACAAACCUGCAACUUCAUUUGACUUUUCCUUCGAACAACCACAAGCUAUAGCCAAAUCAGAUGAAGUUGACUAUGAAGCCAAAGUACGAGCUUUCAUCAAAGAAACAAAGGGCGAUUCUGAUUACGAAGAGAAGGUAAGAAAGUUUUUACAGGAGAGCUCAAAGUGGAAAAAGGAAAAAGAAGAUGAGGAGAAAAAGAAGAAGAAAAAGAAGGACAAAAAAAAGAAAGAUUCGAAAAAGAAAAAGAAGGAAAAGAAAUCGAAACGUAAAGGGUUCGAUAUUUCCGACUUGGACGAUCACAAGAAACUCAGAGAUGCCAUCAAGAAAGAACUUAGUAGGGAGAAAAAGGCCAAAAAGCAUGCAGUUAUGGAUGAUGAGGAUUAUUUCUUGCAAAAGUCUGGAUAUUCAAAGAGGUUCAUUGAGAGUUUACCUGAUUUGGAAGAAUUAGAGACAAAACUACAUGCGUAUUACGCAUUGGAGAAAGAAUCGAAGGGCCGUGAAAUGAGCGAAAGUCCGAAGAGAGCGCUUAUGGAUUCACCGUCCCCAACAAGGGAACAGAAGGCAAGACAAGCGGUAGCUGAAGCUGCCGCAUCUGCCGGUUCCAAAUGGAAAAUGCAAAUUGGACCUGGCGUUCCAGCUUCUACAAGAUUCAAAAAGAAGGCAGAGAGAGAAGAAUGGAUCGAAGAACAACAAAUGGAUGCAAAGCGUAAAGGAGUUCCAGUGGAGUACGACGAACCUCCCCAAAAGAAAGUAGCCCGAGCGUCGGUAGAAAAGAGCGUUAGCGUUAGGAAAGCGAUGGCUAUGAAAGAACCCCCGAUGAAGAAGCCGGAAUCCCCAAAGAAAACCAAAAAGGCACCUUCCCCCACCCCCAAGCCCGUUGUUAAUUCGGGACAAGUUGUGCUGGACAAAUUUGGCAAUUUCAGAUUGAUGACGCCGCCGGAAAUGAAGAAAGCAGGGGGGGGAAGAGAUCCCCCGUUACCACCAGGUGCGCCACCGCCAACCAAAGCUCCGCUAUCAGGACGAAGGCCACCAGAGCCUCCAGGACGUCCAAGGUCGGACAGUCGCUCGCCAGCAAGAAAAAGCACAUCAAGAUCCCGUGAUAAAUAUAGCCGUUCUCGAUCGUCCAGUGAGUCAAGAUCUAGGUCUAGAAGUUAUCGUAGUCGGUCCCGAUCCUAUUACAGCAGAUCUAGAUCUCGUUCGGGAAGCUACUAUUCCCGGAGUAGAUCCAGGUCCAGGAGUUACUCUGGAGAAAGACGUCAUUAUAGAAGAGGCGGCUUCAGGGGUCGCUUCAACGAUCGUGGAACUUACUACAAACCUAGGUUCCAAAAUCCAAGGAUUCGAGGAGGAAGAGGAGGCUACUAUAACAGAGAUAAUAGAGGUCGAGGCCGUCCCUAUGGCAAUAAUAACAGUUAUUACAAUAACAGGGGUAUGAGGCGUCCACCACGUGGAAGGUACCCACCCAGAGGUGGUGGCUACAGAGAUUACAGAGACCGCCGUCAUGACAGGAGUCGAUCAAGAGAUCGUAGUAGGUCCUACAGCAGAACUCCUGAUUCUGAUUCUGGAAAUGAUGCCAUGAAGAAGGUCAACACUGAGAAAGAUAAGAUCAACAAGUACCUUAACAAUGAUGGAACUAAUGUUAAGCAUGAAGGUCCUUUAUCUGAGGGUGAAGACAGAGACGAUUAUACUACAACUACCAGUGCUCCAGGUACAAGUGAUAAACUGAUCGAUAGAGAAGCAUUCGAUGGUAAAUGGGCAGAGAAGAAAGAUGAAGUAGGAAAUGGAAAUGAUGUUGAUGCUAACAUUCCUUCAGAAACUAAUAUUGAAGAGAUGGAUAAGUUUCUGAACAAAGUAAAAAAGGAUAAAAAAGAAGAAAUGUUGGAGAGAAAUAAAGAUUUAUUGAAGAAUAAAACAUGAGAAGUUGAAAAAAGAAUAUUUGAUUAAUUUCCAUUUGAUAUAGUUCAUUUUUGUUGAGGACUGAUUUUUCCUUGAAUGGAAUCCAAUUAACUACAUGCAGUUCAUUAGUUCUUAUCAAUAUUCAUAUACAUACUUUCGAGAAAUAAAUUUGUGCAGUUUCA